AUGGAUUUUGUUAAAAGGGAAGAUCAAAAUGUUAUCGACGAAGAUUACAAGUUUUAUGUCGAAAGUCUCCAGAAAACGCACCAGCUGGAUGCAGCAGACUACCAACAUCCAGCCAUUUCCAUGGAACAGCUUCACCAAGCUAUGCAGUCCACAGUGGCCAACUCAAUUGUCCACAACUUCCAAUUACCAUUAUCACCGAGACAAAUGUCUUCUCUUAUGCUCAAAACAAACCAUUUGCCCAGAAAUUUAAACUUCAAUGAUAUACCAGCACACUUACCCAGAAAUUUAGCAACCGAACUGGAUUUGGUGCAUAAUUUAGCCAAUGACAUGCCUCCGAACAGGCACGAUGAUAUACUCAGUCAGAAUUUUAGCAGAAAUUUGGAUAUAUCAUUAGUUAGAAGUCUGGGAAAUGAUUUAGAAUUACAGAACAAUUUGAACCAGCUUGCUCAGAAUUUAAAUGAAAAUUUAAGUGCUGAACUAAAUCGUAUCAAUGACUUGAGAGUUGACUUACCUCACGAUUUGAGCCAUGAGAUUGAUUUGUCCCAACACUUAAAUAGAGAACAACAGAUUUUGAACCAAGAUGAAUCUAGAAGGACCCCAAUGCAGUGUGAUCCACAUAUGCUGGAACAAAGUUUGGCCCAACGUAUGGCGAAUACUAAUUUGCCACCGGAAAGGUUGGAGCAACAAGAACAUAUAUUGCCGAUGCCGUUUCAUAUAAAGGCUGAACAAGAAGAUGAUGGUUAUUUUUAUGAGAAUAUCAAUCAAGGGAUCAAUGAUGUUGGAAAUUUAAAUGGAUUACCACCAGAGCACCCGCAACCCCAGCCUUCAGUACAUACAGACAAUCAAAUGUACCCCUAUAAUGUUCACGUUAAUCUUCCAGCACUUAACUCCAUAGACCUAUACUCAAGAUCCCAGAACUACGCACAAAACUUCACAAACAUUCGAGAAAACCCACAAAAUUUAGUAGUUCACAGACAGUUUGACAACAACAGUCCGUACCAAGAAGAUUUUAAAAAGCUACGACAAGAUGGCGACGGACAUAGUGGCGGACAACAAAAUGGCGCGAAAGAAAAAGUUGAACAGCCAAAGGAGAAUUUAAAACCUACAGAUCAGAAUAAAAUUUACUAUGCGGAGUAUAAUCCUACUUAUUCAGAAUCGAAAAGUGAAAACGAUGCUGGCGUACCUAAUAAAAUUUCUGAAGAUAUUUCCAUGAAUAUAAAAGGACAGUAUAUCUGUUACAAGUGCAAUGAAGUAUUCCCAUCCAAAAGAGGUUUAAAACACCAUUCCAAAAGCUGUACAGAAAACGAACAAUUGGUAGAAAAGAUAGGGAAAUUCAGUUGUAGCCAAUGCGCUUAUCGGUGUCAAUCGCCCGCCAUCUUGAAAAUACACGAACGCACACAUUCGGGCGAAAAGCCAUUCUCAUGUACAUUCUGCGAUUACAAAUCUGGUCAAAAAAAUAACGUAGCGAAACACAUUCUCGUUCAUAUGAAAGAAAAACCAUUUAGAUGUCAGUACUGCGACUACAGGUGUGCACAAAAAAAUAAUCUAGUUGUCCAUGAAAGAACACAUACUGGAUACAAGCCUUUUGCCUGUCCGUUCUGUGACUACAGGACCGUUCAAAAACCAAAUUUAGUAAAACACAUGUAUUUACACACAGAUCAAAAACCUUUUAGCUGUGAUAUGUGCAGUUAUAGGUGCGUUCAGAAAACUAAUUUGACAAAACACAAAUUGAGGCAUCUGAAUGAAAAAGACGGUGAUAAGGUGGAAGUUAGGAAUCAAUUAAAGCCGUACAGGCCUCGUCAGAAAACAGUGAAGUGUCCCCUCUGUGCGUAUAGGUGUGUUCAGAAAUCUAGCAUGGAAAAACAUAUGCAGUUCAAACAUGGUCAGGAGUAUACGGAGAUGUUUGAAGAAGAUCAGGGUGUGAAUUUGAUGAAGGAAACUGAUUAUGUGGAAUCAAUUAAUUUGUGUGUUAAAAAAGAUACUGUGUGUGAAGUGAAGGAUAGUUCAGAAGGUAAUGUUGCAGAGUCAUAG